AUGGCGCAGACCACGGUCCCUACCGCUCCUCUUUACUCCACUUUGGAUGAGCCUAUCACGACCACCAUUGUGCGCGAUGCGGUGGCUAUUGGCCGAAAGAUGACGAUUGUCCUUGCACCGCCGCUCGGGGAGGAUCAGGAGCUGCGCGACUGGGACUUGUGGGGACCCUUGUUGCUUUGCUUGCUGCUUGCCAUCAUUCUUGCCGGCUCAGCGGCAACACAUCAGGGUGGUCUCAUAUUCUCAGCGGUUUUUGUGCUUGUGUGGGUGGGGGCGGCCGUCGUGACGCUCAAUGCAAAGUUUCUUGGCAGCAAAGUUUCUUUUUUUCAGACGGUUUGUGUCAUGGGCUACUGCCUGGCACCGCUUUGUAUUGGCGCGUUCCUCGGUGUUUUUAUUUCUUACUUUUGGGUGAUGAUGGUGAUUUCUUUUGUAGUCUGGCUCUGGUCCUGCUGGGCUGCCCUGCGCUUCUUUCGUGGCUCCGUCACUCCUGAACGCGAGAUGCUUGUCGUGUAUCCUGUCGCCCUUUUCUAUUCAUUUAUGACAUGGAUGGUAAUCGUCGGUGUGUGA